AGACAUACCGACGCCAUUUUGGAAUUCUUCCGGCUAGAAAACGUGAUUUCUGAAAAUUGAAAAUGCAAGCGCCAAUCAUUCUUCUAAAAGAAGGCACAGACACCUCUCAGGGUUCGCCUCAACUAAUAAGCAACAUUAAUGCCUGUCAAGCUGUUGUUGAUGCUAUUCGAACGACACUCGGUCCUAGAGGGAUGGACAAGUUGAUUGUUAGCGGAAAGGGGAGUGCCACUAUCUCUAACGAUGGAGCCACUAUUUUAAAACAACUUGAUAUUGUACACCCCGCCGCCAAGACCCUUGUUGAUAUUGCAAAGUCACAGGAUGCUGAAGUCGGUGAUGGAACUACAACUGUUACUCUUCUAGCUGGAGAGUUUCUAAAGCAAGCGAAACCAUUUAUUGAAGAAAAUGUUCAUCCUCAAAUCAUAAUUAAAGCUUUUAGGAAAGCUACUCAAAUGGUUUUAACCAGAAUCAACGAAAUAGCUGUUCAAAUUCAAAAGGACGAUUCUCAAGCUCAUAGUGCUCUCUUAGAGAAAUGUGCAUCAACAGCUCUUAGCUCGAAACUUGUGGCUCGUCAAAAGGACUUUUUCGCUAAGAUGAUUGUGGAUGCCGUUACCUGUUUGGAUGAGUUACUUCCUUUGAACAUGAUUGGUAUGAAAAAGGUUCAGGGAGGAGCCCUUGAAGAUUCCAUGCUUGUUGAGGGUGUAGCUUUUAAGAAAACCUUUUCGUAUGCUGGUUUUGAAAUGCAACCAAAAAAAUAUAAAAAUCCAAAAAUAGUUCUUCUAAAUGUAGAAUUGGAACUUAAAGCUGAAAAGGAUAAUGCAGAGGUCAGAGUUGAUAAUGUAGAAGAAUAUCAAGCAGUGGUAGACGCAGAAUGGAAAAUUUUGUAUGAUAAAUUAGAUGCUAUACACCAGAGCGGCGCAAAAGUUGUUCUGUCAAAACUCCCUAUUGGAGAUGUAGCCACCCAGUAUUUCGCUGAUCGUGACAUGUUCUGCGCUGGUAGAGUUGUUGACGAAGAUCUUAAGAGAACCAUGAAGGCCUGUGGUGGUGCUAUUCAAACUACAACUAGCAGUCUGACUGAUGAUAUUAUCGGAACUUGCGAAGUUUUUGAAGAAAUCCAAAUUGGAGGAGAGCGAUACAAUGUCUUUAAGGGAUGCACCCAAGCUAAGACUUGCACAAUUAUCAUGAGAGGAGGAGCUGAGCAAUUUAUUGAAGAGACGGAAAGGUCACUACACGAUGCCAUCAUGAUUGUUAGAAGAGCAAUGAAAAAUGACUCUGUUGUAGCUGGAGGUGGAGCCAUAGAAAUGGAAUUGUCUAAAUAUUUAAGAGAAUACAGCAGAACAAUUGCUGGUAAAGAACAACUUCUAAUCAGUGCUAUGGCAAAAGCAUUCGAGAUUAUUCCUAGACAAUUAUGCGACAACGCUGGUUUUGAUGCAACAAAUAUUUUGAACAAGCUUCGUCAGAAACACGCACAAGAUGGCAAAUGGUAUGGUGUUGAUGUUAAUAAGGAAGAUAUCUCGGAUAAUUUUGAAAACUGCGUUUGGGAGCCGGCUUUAGUUAAGAUAAAUGCUAUCACAGCUGCAUCGGAAGCAUGUUGUCUCAUCUUGUCUGUAGAUGAAACCAUAAAGAAUCCAAAAUCGGGUCAGGAAGGCGAUAAUCGCCCUGUCCGCGGAAUGGGAAGAGGACGUGGAAGACCCAUGGGAAUGUAAACACAUAAACUUUUUGCUUUUUUGAAGUUUAAUAAUAAUACAUUUUUGAUAGGUGAAUCGAAAAAUAAAUAUAUAUUCAUUUUCCCAUCGAUAUCCGCAAAAAACCCUUUUCGUUUUUAUUUUUGACAAAUGAAAUACAUUAAAUUUAAGACUUUGCGUGUUUGUCAAGGUUGUAUGUCUUAUCUAGAAGCAUCUCAACAGUUACACCCUUAGGUAGAAUAUCCUUUAGCACCUCAUCAAAGUUUAACAACUGUUGACGAUUGGUAGAGCCAUCUCGCUGAGAUUUACCAACAUCCACCAAAGCCUUUAAGCCCUCAUUCUCCACCUGUACAUCGAUAUUUCUUGCGCGUAAACUCUUACUCUCUUUUUGUAGAGUAAGCAACUCUCGAUUGUAAGCUUCAAGCAAUAAUUCAGCCUUUAAUACUUCAUUUUUUCGAAUAGCUAAUAGGCUUUUUGAGUUUUCUAGUUGAGACUUUAAAGUUUCUAAUUUUAUUUGAACUUCAUAUAACUCCCUUUCAAGUCUACUUGUUUCGUUAUCUUCUGCAUCUCGAUAAAGAUGAGUUUGAAUUGGGUGAUCGUGUUUCGAAAACAUGACUUAAUUACAAUAAAGAAAUAAAUAAAUAGCUCUAUAUACAAAUUUUGAUCUUAUUAAUUAGAUUAUUUUCAAAUUUGAAAACUUUUAAGACAUCAAAUACGAUUUUUCUUCAAAUGUUUGUCAAAC